UGUGCCAUUACUAGAGCGAAAAGAAAUGGUUGAGGUGCGGAGCAAUUCUACAGGAUGAUCUGAUCAUAUGUGAUGGGAAACCGUUACAACCGAAGUCUUUAUACAAAAACAGUAGCUCUUGUGACACAUGAAGUUGUUCAUGCGUCAACAGGAGGGAGUCUAAUUAGUUAAAAACACUAGUUAAAGACACUUCUAUACAUUAAAUUUCAAACAAGUCAAUAAGAGAAACAACUCUAGCAGAGUGGAUGACAAAGUUGCUGGAAAACAGAGAAAUAGUUUUGAACAAUCAACUGCCGAGUGAUUCUCUUCCAGUUUCUUGCAGGUUGAAAAAGGGUUGAACCAAUCCAAGAACCACAAUCUCCCGAAUAGAAAAGUGAGCAGUAAAGUCUAGACUGCAGACCGCUCUAACCUCUGGUGUUCACUCGGUGGGGAGAAGGGCUAUCAGUGGCAACACUGAGACACUCGCUCCUCUUGCUGGGUGUCUACUCAUUGGAGGCCAAGGGUGUGUCCACGGUCGAGAAGAGGAGAAACGCUCACAGAGGGAGACAUGAUGGAGAUGGAAAUACUAAAUGCAAACCAGGAUGCCCCUGAGGGUGAGAAACCGCACAGACGACGUCGAUGCUGGACAAGAGGAUGCCAACUGACCACUGUCACAACGAUGUGUUCCAUGCUCGUGUUCACAGUAUUCUUAUCACUGGCCCUGGUAGGCAUGAACACGGCCUGCACCAGCAACCCAUGUGACCCACACUGCCCGAGGAUUUACCGGCAGGCUCCAAAUGUGACGUGUCCUGAAAGGGGAACCAUUUUUAAGCUGCAGCCUAUGCCCAGAAGAACGCGCGGCAGCAACGAGAAACAAAGAAGUGGAGAACAAUGCUGCACCUUCAUACCUAACAACACUGCAGCUGACGGCAGUCUGACCAGAGCCCUGGAAAGACUGAAGACCCUGAAUGAGAGAAUGAAAGAACAUUCUGGAGUGGACACUUCCAUGUGGGACAGCUGGAUGGACGUGUUUGGAAAGUACCGCAGCCUAGUGUCAUCAAUCCUAGUGUCAAUAGCUGUUUUUGCAGCCAUAUUGACCCUAUGUGGCUGUUGUUGUAUUCCCUGCAUAAGAUCCAUGAUCAACAGACUGAUAGCCACAGCUAUUACACCGGACCCUGUCGGCCAAAAAAGAAAUUAUGACACUGCUGGAGCACGCCGACACUGACUCAAACACCGACGACGAAGAUGAAGAAACAACCUGUAACUAAAAGAAAAAAGACACUCCUGUUAAUAAUGAAGCAACAGUUAAAAUGCACUGUCAAGAGACUGUAUGCUGAUAAAAGUUAAAAUGUGUAAAACAAAUUAACAACAGGAGGGAUAUGUUAAGAGAUUUUCAAAUGUUUCAAGUAUUAUUCCCACUGCCAUUUGUACGUUAUUGAAAGUUUAUCUUUAAUUUUAGUGUUAAUAGUUGUUUACCCAUUUAUUCUUUCCAUUUAAUCGUAUUUUACUGCUUCACUAGAAGUGAAGCUGAAGUAAAGACAAAAGCAUAGUGUUCUCAGAUAUGAUUUACCCAGGACAUCUCCUCUGUACCUGGUUCUCUACGAGCCGUUUCACUCCCAGGAAGGGGAGAGCAGGACGUUCUUAUCUAUACACUCCCAAAUACAAAGAGGGCCCAUUCUUCAGAAUCACACACACACACUCUGAGAUCAUAAACUUCACACACACACAUACUCUGAAACGCUAUAAAUAAAGAACUGCCACAUACGCUGGUUGUGAGCCUGAGACAGCAGCGCUCACCCAGCGUGCGCACGUUGUUACCAUCUAAACUGUCUUGAGUGUCUUUAUUUCACCUGAAGAAUGUCUUGUUUAAAUAUUUACUCCUUACAGGUUCCAUUAUUUAACAUUGUGUUAUUUUUAUUAGAUAUUAAACAGCUGCAUUUCAUUCAGUUAUUUUCUGCCAUUUUUAUUUCUACUGAUUUCUAGGUUCUGGGUAGAAAUGAUAAUGAAGAAGAUGAGACAGUGACCUACAGCAUCGUGAAGGCUCCCUCCUCUUCUUCUGUGGGAGACCCCAGUGAUCUCUAUGCUAAGAUCAAGUAAUGAAGGAAAUGAGAAAAAUAUCUUACAGUAUAGAUAUAGCUUAUAUUAUUACGAUCAUUUUUCAUUUAUAAAUGAUUCGUUUUCUGUGUGCUUGUUUUUGUUUGGUUUUGGGUUGUAUUACUGUGUGCAAAAGAAGAAAGUUUUCAUUAGGUUAUAUUUCAGUACAGAAGCUUAGAAUAUUUUCAUAUUCCUGUAAUCUUUUUAAUUCAAAAUGCAUUUUAUGCAUUUUACAUUUGUACACAAUGUCUGUGAAUUAAAAAGAAAAAAAGUUUAAUUUGUUUUGUUUUGUGACCCUUUUGUGUACUAACCUGUGUUUUGCAUUUUAUUGAAAAAGAAAGAUAUUUUAUUAUCCAUUAAAAGCAUUCUAAUAUGACUAAAGCCAACAUGCAGACAUGCAUGCUAUAUGCAUAAAGCAAUACAUUAUAUUUGGAACAAAUGCAAUACCAGAUCAGAUUACCAUCUGCUUGGUGCAUGUUAAUCAGACAAGCGGGAGAGGAGUUUGACUCUUUACUUCACUUUAACACUUCAUCCUGUUUUCUAAUGCAUGCUAUAUAAAGGAAUGAAGAAGUGCGUUACUGGAAGCAAUUAUCUCUAUAAACAUCUUCACACCUUUUCUCUUAUUCUUUUUUUAAGGUAUCAAACACGUCACUUUUGCUUGUGCAUGCUAUGAGACAUUGUGUCCUUGACAUGUCUGUUUUUGUUGUCACAUCACGCUACUCACAGGAACACAACACUUUAUCACUCUACAAGGAGUAUUUUAGAGACUGUGACAAAAAAAGAAAUAAAUUCAUAAUGUUUCAACUGAGGGGGAUCGAAAUAUUUUCAUUAAUGACAUCAAUGCUUCAGGUUAGCUUUAAAAUUGAAUUUUUUUUAAAUGUAUUUAUUUGUUUAAUGGUAGCUUUAAGAUGACUCCACUGUCUCUUAAACUUAAAGACUGUCUUCAGUGGAAAAACAGAACCAUGAACAGCUUCAAAGAGUGAUCUUCUGAAAUUCUUUUUUUUUCUUUUUUCGUUCGCUUCAGGGUUUAAGAAAUUAAUUUGUUACUAAUAGUUAGAGUUGCCCAUUAUAAAUACAGCUUACUUUAUCUUUUAUUUUUUAUAGUAUUCAGGUUUCAGUUUUAUGUUUUAUAAAGCAGACUUUUUUUAUUUAAAAAGUUUUAUUUAUUUAUUUUGUUGACAUGUGUUUAACGAUGAAGAUGACAGUGCAGUGAACUUUAAAAAUGUCAGAUGUUCUGAUAGAGUCUAACUGAACCGUCCACAGCAACAGAUCACAAAGUCAUUUUAAGUGUGUUAAUAGAACAAUAGAAUAUAGUUUAACAGUUCAACUUUUUUUUUCUUUCUCUGUAAAAGACAUUAUAUAAAGCAAUGUAGAGCUGCAUUAUGGGAAAUCUUUAUCUUAAAGUACAAUCCUGACAUGUUCCUGUUCCUGUUUAUGGCAUCAAACAUGUCAUUGCCACCUUCCACCAAGGGACUGCACACAGUGUGCUUAUUGAGUCUUAAAAAAGUUUUCCUAUCACAGCCCUGUGUUGCUUUAAAGUCUGAUUUAAAUUGUUAAAAUAAAUUUUUCUUUAAAUAAUUAUUGUCUCACAAUCACUCGUCUCUCCUGUAGUCAUACUGGAUUGUUACAGCAUCUUUGUGAGCCGCGUAUUACCUCUGACAUCUCAGUUUUAGAAACAAAACCUCAAAUUGAUUUGAAGUAAAUGACAUCACAGGAAAUCAUCUCUGAAACUCUCUACAAGAAGCACUAUUUUAGACACAGUGACAGUUAUUACUGUGAAAUACAAGAAGCAGAAAGGCUGAGGAGACGAUGUUUGACUUCAUAUGGAUUCAAAUGUUUUCAGUUAUGACACUAAUGCUUCAGUUAACAGCAGCAGUAACUGAACACUGUGAUGUUGUUGUCAGAGUUGGAGAUGAAGUCACUUUGUCUUGUGGAAAUGUGACAGAUGAUCAGGAUAAAUGUAAUGCAGCUACCUGGCUCUUCUCUAGUUCUAGUAACACAACAGCAAUAACAGUGUUUGAACAUGGAGACAUUCACAAAAAUACCAAAACUAAAUCACACAGACUGAGUGUGACAGCAAACUGUUCUUUGGUGAUAAGGAACGUCUCAGCUGAGGAUGUUGGUCAGUACACCUGCAGAAAGUUCAGCAAAUCAGAAAAAAUACAAGAUCGAGAUAUUCCAGCUUUCCUCUAUCUUGUUAACAUGACUGCACAUAAGGACAACAACACAGUGACACUGAGCUGCUCUGUGCUGAAAUACGGUGAAUGCCAAUACACAGUGAAGUGGCUCUAUAAGGAUGAAGAGAUUGAUAACAAUGCCAAAGACUUUGAAACAUCACAGUCCACCUGUUCAGCCAGUGUGACCUUUACAACUUCUCAUAAUGUUUACACAUCAGAGAAUUAUGAGGUAUUCAAAUGCCAAGUGAGAAAGGGUAAAGCAAUGCAAGAGUUCCCCUUCAGGAAUCAUCCUUUAAGUGACCAAACUGACCAAACUGUCUUGUCCAGGCUCAUCAUUGUGGCUGUGGGUUUGGCAGCACUCAUAACAGUCGCUGUGGUUGUUAAUACUUGGACAAGAGCUGGUAAAAAAGAAGAAACAAAUGAAAACACGGUGCUUAAUGAAAAUCAUGAUGGAGCAGUGAACUAUGAAAAUGUCCAGGCUUGACGUCUCGAUGAAGUCUGACCAACGAAAACACAAAAAGAAGAAAGAAAAAAGGAAUGCUAUUGGGGUCCAUCAAACUGCAGAUGUUAGCACAAAUGAUUAUGACCAAAAUUUGAAAUGAAAAAAUACAGGUUCAUACACUUAAGGUUUAGACAAGUAAUAAAAAGCUUGAGACAUUUUUCAGGGUUUCUUCAUACUGUAGGCCUUCAGAAGGCCUACAGUAUGAAACUUCAAACACUUAUACAUGCUGGUGUUUUUUUUUCUUCUUCAGAGUUUUAAAGCACUCUAAAAUGUUCUUACUAUUUCAAUGAAGCCCUGUGGAUCUUUUUUGACACCAACAGCCUGGCCUGGUCAUUGCUGUCACCUUUCUCAAGGGCAGCGUAGUAAUUUUUCAUGUGUCUGAACGAACACACAAACUCCCUGAGCGAUCUCGUGGACCACUG